AUGGCCAGCCACAGAGCGCAAGCACAGUUCCAGCGUGCAAAAUGGCGCCUGCUGCUUCUUGCCCCAGCCUGGUCGGUGCAGCUGACAUUGGCGUUCGGAUUGCUGGGACUUUUCUCAUGGAGACUUGGCGAUACUGUCCAUCAUUUCGAAGCCCGGGACAAGGCUGGUAAAGCUCCAGUCAUCGAAUAUGUCUGGGAAGCCACCAAUAUCGCAUUGUCAUCCGUCGUGGCGAUUUGCACCAUCUUCGAGAUUGCCAGAUACUUUGCUGAGUCGCUGACGCCAUGGACAAUGCUGUUCACCCACGUCGUAAAACUGGCAUGCGCAUCUGCCAUUCUCGCUCUCGACGUGGUCAUAUAUGUGCAACGAAGCGACUCUCACUAUUCUCUGAUUGGCCUUGGAAUGGAUGCCGUGCUAAUGUUCGUUGCCAUUUUGCUUGCCAUCUAUGCCAUCCUGGCGUAUCGUCGGCUAUCCAAAUAUGACGACUACGCUCAUCCUGUCAACGUCAAACCGUACGGCUUCAACGAUGGACUGGAUAGCGACACCGCAUACUCCUCGUUUUCGAGCCGGACAGGAUUGCGAAACUCGACUGAUAAACGGGGAUCACUUGGAUCAGAGCGCCUCAGCAUUGGCUCUCUCGGGAGAGAUCUCUCGAGCCCAACCCUCGCCCCACCGGUGGAACAAAGACCAAGACGCUAUAGCCACGAAAGAGACACGCAGUUUGAGGAAUACAUGGUUCGCAAGACCUCGGGCGGCUAUAAAUUCGACCCUACCUCGUCCAGCCCUCCUAGCGACUCACUACUGGGAGACUCAUUGACCGCGAUUGGCGCAGUUCAUUCCCGCUCAAGAGGGUCGAGUAUAUCGCAGACGAUGAGCUACACCAGCGACCACGUCUUAGUUUCGGUGCCAGAAGAGGAGGGCGAGAUGGUUGAAGUACAA